AUGAUAAACCAGGGCCAGACAGGGAUCGAGAUAGCCGAGUCUUUCGUUCUCCCACAUACGCUCCAGAGGGCCUGGCACGCACAGGGUUAUUACGGAUCCAUCAGCCACAAUGUGAAAGCAAUCUACCAACGAUAUAUGGGAUGGUACGAUGGCAAUCCAGCUCAUCUUUGGGAGCACCCCCCGGCAGAGGAAGGCCGACGCUAUGUGUUCUGUAUGGGAGGCGCCGACGCGGUCGUCUGUAUGGCCCAAACUUAUGUCGAGAAUGGCGACCUCCGCUUUGCAGCGACCUUGCUUAGCCACGUGGUCUUCGCAGAUUCAAAGCACGACGAAGCUAAACAGGCGCUGGCAUUAGUAUUUGAGAAACUAGGUUACGGUGCUGAGAACGGGCCUUGGCGGAAUUGUUACCUCACCAGUGCAGACGAGCUUCGUGGCAAGCUCUAUCCGGUCUCGUUUGAUACAAGUAACGAGGGAAUGACAGCCGCCCUCUCGCUAAAUCAGUUAUAG